AAACUAAUAAAACCACAGAAUCAUUAAUAAUUAUCCCCUCCCUGGACGAUAGAUGACGUCUACCGCCACCGAUCACAACAAACAUCGACCGAAACAAAACCAUCACAAAGGCGCUUGCGCGGGGAGACGCACGUCCAGAGGGGGCGGCUGAGGCUCCAUGUGACUGGUCCAGAACCGACUAAAAACAACAAGAAGGAGACGAAGAUUUAUCGCAAUCCGAACUGCUUUGGCCCGUUUAUUCUGACAAAGCCAUGGAAUUGUUGGAAAAUUUUAACCUCAGAGUUCACUAUAUAGAAAUGUCCUGCGUAUGUAGUUUCUACCCGCCGUAAUGUGCGCUGUACAACACUAGCGUGUGCGUGUUUGUGUGUGUGCGUGCGGGACUCCACGCAACACACAUUUCCCCCUUGCGUCCACUUCCCCCUUUGUUUGCACGCAUGCGCAGUUCAUUCCAGAAUGCGGAUUUGGGAGCUAACACAGUAUAGCCACAGCAAGCUAAAAACAAGAUCGUGGAUACGAGGCCUGACGCGGGGAAAUGUCUAAAAGUCACCCGCAGCCGCCGUCGUCGUGCCCAGGGUGCCCGACCGCCGCAGCGGCCCCAUCCUCCGUCUCCUCCUCCCCCGCGGGGGGCUCCACGUCUCCCGCCAACGGGCUGAACGUCCAGCCCGAGAAACCUCAGCAUUACACGUACCUGAAGGAGUUCCGGACCGAGCAGUGCCCGCUGUUUGUUCAGCACAAAUGCACCCAGCACCGGCCUUUCGCCUGCUUCCACUGGCACUUCCUGAACCAGCGGCGGCGCAGACCCAUCCGCAGACGGGACGGGACGUUCAACUACAGCCCCGAUGUGUACUGCACCAAAUACGACGAGGGGACGGGCAGCUGUCCCGAAGGGGACGAGUGUGCGUUCCUGCACCGCACGGCCGGGGACACUGAGCGGCGCUACCACCUGCGCUACUACAAGACGGGGUCCUGCAUCCACGAGACGGACGGCAAGGGCCACUGCUCCAAGAACGGCUCGCACUGCGCCUUCGCCCACGGCUCGCAUGACCUACGCAGCCCCGUGUUCGACAUCCGGGAGGUGCAGGUGAUCGAGUCCCAGGGGGGGCCCGGGGUCCCGGAGGGGGGUGGGGGUGGCGGCGGCGGCGGGGACGGCCAAUCAGGGCAGGCCGCCAGCACGGCCCUCAUAGAGAAGAUCUUGAGUGAGGAGCCGCGGUGGCAAGGCAACGCCUACGUCCUCUCCCACUACAAGACGGAGCUCUGCAAGAAACCGCCACGCCUCUGUCGCCAAGGUUACGCCUGCCCGUACUACCACAACAGCAAAGACCGCCGCCGCAGCCCACACAAACACAAGUACAGAGCCCUUCCGUGCCCGGCGGUGAAGCACAGCGAGGAGUGGGGGGACCCCAGUAAAUGUGAAGGGGCCGAGGGAUGCCAGUACUGUCACACACGCACCGAGCAACAGUUCCACCCAGAGAUCUAUAAGUCCACCAAGUGCAACGACAUGCAGCAGAGCGGCAGCUGUCCCCGCGGGCCCUUCUGUGCCUUCGCUCACAUCGAAAAGCCCUUCGUCCCCGACACGGAGCCCCUGUUCCCCGGCCCUGGCUCCCCGCUGCCCCCCCGGCUCCCGGAGCCCCACCACGUGGCCCCGGACCCCCUCCCCGCGGGCAGCCCCAUCCUGGGUCCGGGGGGGCCCCUGGGGCACCGGGGGGACCCGGGGCACGCCCCCAGCUGCCUGGGACUGGCCUUCUCGCCCGGCACGGGGGGGCGGGGCAUGGCGGAGCAGGGGCUGCUGGGAAGAGUGAUGGCGUUCUGCGAGGAGGCGUCAGGAGGGGGCGGCGGCGGGGGGGGGCCCACGGGGGAGCCGCUCUCCCCCUGGGGGCGGGAGGGGGGGUACGGCCGCGCCCCGGGGUUCGAGAGGGAAGACCAGGCGAAGCAGAUGCAAAGGAGUUUUGUGCUGGAGCAGCGGAACAAACAGGACCUCCUGGUGUUCCUGCCGGUCGGCAGCCCCCUGAGCCUGUCCUCCAGCAUGCCCUCCAGCCUGGCGGCCACCCCGCCCAGCCCCGCCUCCCUGGGGGCCGGCCUCUGCUCGGGCAUGAACGCCAACGCCCGGCCCUUCUACCCCCCCAGCGACACGGUGGAGUCGGUGGUCGAGUCUGCGCUGGACGAUCUGGACCUGAACGACUUCGGCGUGUCGGCGCUGGAGAGAAGCCUCGACUGCAGCUCCAACCUGCCCAGCGGGGGGGUGAUGCUCGGAGGCAGCCAUCUGCAGAGCUCCGCCCCCGUCAACAUCCCAGGGUCCCUCAGCAGCUCCGCCCCCUUCAGCUCGCCAUCGCCCUCUCCACCAGUCAGAACGCACACCUCGCCCUUCUUCUCCUCACACCUGUCGCAGCUCGGCCAAUCGGAAAGCGGCUACAUGGGCCAAUCCCACGGCUCUCUAGGUCUGAACGGGAUGAGCAGCAGCAUCUGGGAGCACUUCCCGUCGGGACAGGGCUCCCCCGGGACCCCCCCCGCCGCCCAGACGGCCGAGAUGAGCCGGCUACGGCAAGAGCUGGAGGACACACAGCGCACCCUCAAGUCCUGGGACCACAGCUGGAGGCACACCGCUCAGACCUGGGCGGCGCUUAAGGCAGACGCGGAGGACUCGCGGGCCCGCGCCUCGCGCAUCGCCAUGGAGACGGAGCGGGGGCUGCAGGCGGAGGAGGAGGUGCAGCGGCAGACCUCCCUCCUGCGGGAGGCGCUGGAGAGCCUGCGGAGCGGGGAGGACCCCCACCUGGCCGUCCACCAGCUGCAGCUGCUGCAGCGCCUUCCCCUGGAGCCCGCCCUCAGCCUGCAGGCCCAGCUGGGGAGCUGCCUGCACACCGUGGAGCAGGCGCUGUUCCGGCGGCAGCGGCCGUGCUGCGUGUCAUGCGGCGGCCCCGGAGCAGUCCCCCUGCCCUGCGCUCACGGCCUCCAGUGUGACGGCUGCUCGGGCUCCGCCCCGUGCCCGCUGUGCCCCAAACAGAGCCCGGACCAGCAGCUCUCCUGACCACCUGCAGGGGGCGCUGGUCCCGGAGCAGUCCGUCCUGAUUCAACAGCGGGACCAGCAAACUAACUCUGUUUUCCUUUUUUUUAUUUUUAGCCUUGAAACCAAAAUGUUUAUUUUUUUUUAUUUUGGGUAAAACCAAAACGACGACUUGCCUGAAAGAGCGAAAACUCUGAAAGGAGAACCUCUGGGGCGAAGGAGUGUCGGAACAAAGGCCCUUGUUAUGCACUUCGCUCUUCUCAUUGGCUCACGCCAGCGUCAGGGGAUGUUUCAGCCAAUCAGGAACGGCUUCAGAGUCAGAAUCAUUUCUCGGACGUGGUUCCGAUCCCAGAGGUUUUUAGUGAUCAAUAACUCUUGUAAUCAAUCACUCCAAUUAGUAUUCAGUGCAGCAUGGAUGGAGAGCGAGUCGAUAUAUUAUGACCGCUCGGGAGCCACGCCCCCUCUGCAUCUCUACCGCUUCUCUAGAAAACGAGGGUAGAAAAGGGAUCCAUCGACCCUAUUGGCCAGCCACACUGUCACUCACCAGAUAUGCACCCAUAGAGACGCUGAUCCCGCCUCAUCUUCCACAACGUCAGAAAGGGUCGCUGAAACGGAGUGCCGAAGGAUAUCGCUAUGGAUACCGCUAAGCCUCAGAAGGCCAUCCCAUAAUUGCUACAACCAAACGGGGGGAAGGGGGGGCGCAGUUACCAGACAGCUGGUAGGAAUACUGUGGAAUAGCAGAAGCUAAAUGUUAGCAAGCGUUAAGAACAACAGUUAAGUGUUGUUGGGCUCUUUUAAGGGGCUCUGGGGACUCUCAGGGUUGGUUCUGUGUGUUUCCACGACGACCGGGAGCAGGAGGGCAACUUGACACAAUCAACACAAAUGUACUCAAGUCAACUCGUGUAGUCUUUUGAAAUUACAUCUAUAUUUUUUCAUAUCUUUGGUCUGGAGAGCCUGGUCACAUGACCGGACCGUUAGACUUUCUAAAUCGAUGGCGCGCCAUUUUGUCGGCCAUGUUGUUUUGUUUGUUUUUAGUUGUUUUUUUUUACAUUUGUAGUAAUCUCUCAAAUAUUACCAUAUAUCAGAAAAAGUCCAUUAAAAA